UCUUUCUGCAUCUCUGUUGUUCUUUCAUGCAGGGAUCAGAAAGAAUUGGCAAGAUCACAUCAGAUGAAAACCUCGCAGAUUCUGUUCACUCUCAACACUUUGCAGGCUCCGGUGCUUCCACCUACACCCUGGACAGCGGCAUUGGUACGUUCCCUCUGCCCGACUGCAGUAGCGGUGUAGCUGCACGGGGCCUGUCUAAGACGAAGGGCGGAGCCGAGCACCACUCCGGCGGCGGCUCCCCAGGGAGAGCCGGACGGCGAGCUCGCACCCUGGACAGAGAGCUGACAUCACAGGAGGACUGCUACGCUCCACACAAGCAGCUGAUUCCCACCAUUCAGUACGGGUCCGUGUUGGAGGGAAGAGGCUCAGCCGGCGUCAUCCGCGAAGGUGUCAACACUCCGCCCCACUUAGACAUAACAAUAACAGAUGGAAGAG